UACAAAACUUUUAUUAAUUGAGCAAGCCAAUAACUUCUCAUCUCCAUGUUUUCAAUGUUUAACUUGCAGCAUAUUCUGCUCUAUCUCUCUGUUUGCUCGGUAUGCUUGACCUUUGCUCAAGUGGAAAACCAGUUCAUCUACCAUGGCUUCAGUGGAGCUAACCUGUAUCUCAGUGGGGCUUCAAAAGUCCAUCCCAAUGGUCUGCUGGAGCUUACAAACAUUUCAGACCACCAAAUUGGCCGUACUUUCUUCCCAUUCCCAUUCAAAUUCAAUAAAUCUUUGUCCAAAAAUUUUCAGUCUCUCUCAUUUUCUACCAACUUUGCGUUUGCCAUUGUUCCUAAGUUGCCGGCUCUUGGUGGUCAUGGCAUUGCCUUCACUAUCUCUUCAUCUGUGGAGUUCCCAGGGGCAUUGGCUACGCAAUACUUUGGACUCUUCAAUUCUACAAGCGGUAACUUGUCUUCAAACCAUGUUUUUGCUGUUGAGCUUGAUACUGUAAAGAAUAUUGAUGUUAAUGAUAUCGAUAGCAACCAUGUUGGAAUUGAUGUAAAUGGUUUGAUAUCCAAAGAAUCAAUUCCAGUGGCCUACUAUUCGGACAAGGAAAGGGAAAAUAAGAGUUUAGAGCUCAUAAGUGGAAAUCCAAUGCAGAUGUGGAUAGAUUAUGAUGAAGAGGAUAAGCUACUAAAUGUAACAGUUGCUCCAAUAACAAGCUUGAAACCAGAAAAGCCUCUAUUGUCAACAACCAUUGAUCUUACUCUAGUACUCUUGGAUUCUAUGUAUGUUGGGUUUUCUUCAUCUACAGGAGUCACCACGAGCUACCAUUACAUUCUUGGGUGGAGCUUCAACAAAAGUGGUCCAGCUCAAAGUCUUGAUAUAUCAAAGCUUCCUUCACUUCCACCUAGAAGAGAAUCGAGUAAGAGAACAGAUUUAAGAAUUAUCAUCCCAUCAAUAACAGUAAGUGUUGUGCUGAUAAUAAUAUCUGGAAUUGUUUAUGUAUUAAGGAGGAAGAAAUUUGAAGAACUGCGUGAAGAUUGGGAACAGGAAUAUUGUCCUCAAAGAUUCUCUUACAGAGAUCUCUAUACAGCAACUAAAGGAUUCAGGGAAAAAGAGCUGCUGGGGUUUGGAGGUUUUGGAGGGGUUUACAGAGGAAUAUUACCUUCUUCCAAUACAGAAGUUGCAGUCAAGAAAGUCUCACAUGAUUCCAAGCAGGGCAUGAAAGAAUUUGUUGCUGAGAUUGUUAGCAUGGGGAGGCUAAGGCAUAGGAACCUGGUACAGCUCCUAGGCUAUUGCCGUCGGAAAGGAGAGCUGCUCUUGGUAUAUGAUUAUAUGCCUAAUGGAAGCCUUGACAAAUUCCUAUUUCGCAGUGACACACCAAACCUGAACUGGGUUCAGCGAUAUCAGAUCCUGAGGGGAGUUGCAUCGGCCCUUCUUUACCUCCAUGAGGAGUGGGAGCAAGUGGUUUUGCACAGAGAUGUGAAAGCUAGUAAUGUUCUGUUAGAUGCCGAUCUCAACGGACGGUUAGGAGAUUUUGGACUAGCCAGGUUUUAUGAUCAUGGAUCAAUUCCUCAGACAACUUCUGUGGCUGGAACUGUGGGAUACCUUGCACCAGAGGUUACAAGAACAGGAAUGACCACAACUAGCAGUGAUGUUUUUGCUUUUGGCACGCUUAUGCUUGAAAUGGCUUGUGGAAGGAAGCCUAUAGCACCAGAAAGACCUCCUGAGGAGAUGAUUUUGGUAGACUGGGUUCUUGAAUGCUGGAAAAGAGGGGUAAUUCUUGAGACAAGUGAUCCUAGACUGGAAGGUAAGUUUGAAGUAGAGAAAAUGGAAUUGGUUUUGAAGCUAGGCCUUCUUUGUGCUCACCCAACACCUGCAGCCAGGCCUACCUUGAGGCAAGUGAUGCAGUAUCUGGAUAGAAAUGCGACAUUACCAGAUAUACCACUGGAUGGUCCUGGUAUUGGUCUGGUCACAGUUGGCCAGGAAGUAGCUGGAGACUGCAAACUGUCAUUCCCUACAUCUAAUGAAUAUUCUGGUUUGUCUAGCACAGACUCAAUCCUCAGCUACGGUCGUUGAAUAUGCCCUAAUGAGGUAAACAUUCCUUAAGCCAGAGACUGAAUAAGUUAAUUUGAUCUGUCGCUGCAAGCUUGUAAUUGGUGCUACCAA